AUUACAUUUACAUAUGAUGUGCUCAUUGCUCACAAUAUAUCUCAGAAUUUCUUGUGGAAUUCUGGGAAGCUUCCCUCUCUCUCUACAAAUAGUGGUAUUUUAUUUGAGAUUUAAAAAUAGAAAAUAAAAAAUGGGUUGCGCAACUCUAGAAAUCACGGUUCAAUACGCCGAGGAUUUGAACAAGGUAAAUUUCAUCUCGAAAAUGGACGUCUACGUCGUCGUUUCGAUCUCCGGCGGGGACGAAGCCUCCAAGCAGAAGACUAAAACAGUGGUGGAUCACGGCGGCGACGCCAACCCCACGUGGAGUUUUCCUAUGAAGUUCGCGGUGGAGGAGGCGGCGCUGCUGCAAAACCGCCUCGUGCUGGACUUCUAUAUCAAGUGCGAGAGGGCUUUAGUCAACAGACUCAUCGGCGAAGUCCACGUGCCCGUCAAGGAGCUUCUCGAUUUUCCGGCCAAGGGCCACGGCGGCGCCGCCACCAAGAAUUUCGUCAGCUACCAAGUCAAGAAGCCCGAUGGAAGGCCCAAAGGAAAACUCACCUUCUCUUAUCAAUUCCACGGAAAAACCGCCGCCUCAUCAAUGCCGCCGCCGCCGCCUCCGGCGGCGGCGGCGGCGUUGCAUGGGAGUUCCACGAUCGCGUACCCGGUGGUGGAGCCCAUCUCGCCGUAUCUGGUGAUGGCGGCAGGAGGCUACUCGCCUUUUCAACCGGAGUCUGCGGCGGCGGAAUACACUCCGUCAUAUGUGCCGGCGGCGUUGGGAGUUUAUCCGCCUAAUGUUCCACCGCAGCCGGCGGCGGUGUCGCCGGAGGUUUGCGAAGGACAAUAUCCACCACCGCCGUCAUACCUGCCGGAUUGUAGUAUGAUCAAACCGGAAUGGUAUCCUCCGCCGCCGCUGCCGCCGCCGUGUUUUGUUUCAACGCCGCAGGGGUAUUUUGGUCAUUCGCCGCCGGUGAUGCAGCUAGCUCCGGAUUGGUGGAUUGUUGAUUGGAGAUAUGAUACUCGAUGCAGCGGAUUUUAAUUGAUUUUGAUUUUUUUUAUUUUUUAUUAUUUUAUUUUUUGCGGAAAAAGGAACCAUGCAGAUUGAUUCCUAUAUGUUUUUAUUAACACGUAAGGUUUUCAUGAAUGUUUCAGAUAAAAUUUUAAUUAAUUUUUUUUAUUGGAAUUAA